AUGGCGAAAAUGCCCCUCACCGUCGUCGUCUUCCUCCUCGCCGCUUUCCUCGCCGUGGUCCCGCCCUCUACGGCGGAGAUCAAAUCCCUGGUUAUCUCCGAUGACGCUCGUCCGAUGAUCCUCUUCGAGAAGUUCGGAUUCACUCAUACCGGCCACGUCACCGUCUCGGUCUCCUCCGUCUCCGUCGUCUCCACUUCCUCAGAUCCGAAUCCGGAGCCGUCGCGUCUCGGAUUCUUCCUCCUCUCGGAAGAAUCGCUCCUCCAGGUGCUCCUCGAGAUCCAGCAGAACCCGAGAUUCUGCGUCCUAGAUUCGCACUACGUCACACAUCUCUUCACCUUCAGAGAUCUAUCUCCUCCGCCGAAUUCCCGAUUCAACCAAUCCUACCCGGUCACUUCCCCCAACGAGUACUCUCUCUUCUUCGCCAAUUGCGUCCCCGAGACUAAGGUCUCCAUGGCGGUUCGCACGGAGAUGUACAACAAAGAUCCCAACGGAUCCAAGGACUAUCUACCCGCCGGAGCCACCCAGCUACCGACUCUCUACUCCUUCUUCUUCCUCUGCUACGUCGCCUUCCUCGGCUUCUGGAGCUACAUCUGCUGGAACAACAAGCCCACUGUUCACCGGAUCCAUCUCCUCAUGGCAGGUCUGCUUCUAAUCAAAUCCCUGAAUCUGAUCUGUGCAGCUGAGGACAAGCACUACGUGAAGAGCACAGGGACGCCUCACGGCUGGGACAUCCUCUUCUACAUCUUCCAAUUCAUCCGCGUCGUUCUGCUCUUCACCGUGAUCAUCUUGAUCGGAACUGGCUGGUCGUUUCUUAAGCCGUUUCUCCAGGAGAAGGAGAAGAACGUGUUGAUCAUCGUGAUCCCGCUUCAGGUACUCGCCAACAUUGCCUCGAUUGUGAUCGGUGAAACUGGACCGUUCAUCAAGGAUUGGGUGACGUGGAACCAAGUGUUCUUGCUCGUCGAUAUCAUCUGCUGCUGCGCCAUUAUCUUCCCGAUCGUAUGGUCGAUUCGAUCGUUGAGAGAGACCUCGAAAACGGACGGUAAAGCCGCGAGGAACUUGUCGAAGCUGACUCUGUUCAGGCAGUUCUACAUUGUUGUUAUCGGGUAUCUCUACUUCACGAGAAUUGUGGUGUUUGCGCUUAAAACCAUUGCGGCGUACAAGUACCAGUGGGUGAGUUUUGCGGCGGAGGAGAUUGUGAGUUUGGUGUUCUAUGUGAUUAUGUUUCAUAUGUUUAGGCCUGAGGAGAAGAAUGAGUACUUUGCUGUUGAUGAUGAUGAGGAAGAAGCUGCUGCUUUGGCCCUUAGGGACGAAGAGUUUGAGCUUUGA